AUGACCGGGGAUGUGGUAUAUGAACUCAGUUUACGGAUAAAGAAAAAAUGUGGAAAGAACGGAAAAAAAUGUAGUUGCCCAGGUAAUGAUACCAUACCCGGCUUAACAGCCAAGAAGGAGGAUAGUAUUGAAAAUGUUGUCGGUUUUGUUUCAUAUAUUCAUUACAGUAAAAAGGAAUUCAGAGUACUCAAAAGUAUAGGUAAUGAUGAUGAGGAGCCGAAUGUUGAAAGCUACCAAGAAGUUAAAAGGGUCAAGAGUGUUGCUGUUUACUACUGGGAGAAGGAUGAAAGAAAACCUCUUCUUAUUGAAGUAGAGACUAGUACUGGAAAGGAAUACUAUUAUAAAUACAGAAAGAAUGAAAAGGAAGCUGAUGAUAGACCAAAUGCGUGGAAAUUAGAUCCCACUUCUGGUGGAACAUCCUUACAGGCUUUGUUGAAUGAGCGGAAUGUAGGCAUAAAUAAUGUUUUCCCCCUUAAUCUCAGCGAUCCCACGAAGCCUCUGGAUGUGCAGUCAGACGUUGCAAAGAAGAUAGGAGUAGAACUUGCCAAUAAUACUACUCAACCUCCUGGUACCAACUAUACUGUUACAAGGUACAAGCUAAAUGGUCAAGAUGGUACCAAGUUUUCCGUAGCAAUGAUUGGCAAGGAAAAGGCAAAUGGUGUCGAUAUUCCAGAGGGUGAAAUUACUGAUUUCAAGGUUUAUUUAUCACCAAGCGGUGCAGGUACUACACCUGUUAUGGUUUCAUUUAAAUUAAAGAGUGGAGGCUCUAAGUGGUACUAUAGUCAAGGUGGAAAUGGUACUCAAUGGGGAGAAGAUGCUGGGUCCAGUGAAUUUUAUCUCAAAGGCUCUAAAGAUAAUUCAAUAUCCACUCUCACAGAGAAGUUUACUAGGAAGUUAGAUGGAUUUGCUUGCUCAUACCGGAAUUAUGUCACUAUUAAUCUCACAAAAGGUGGAACAUCUCAGAUUAGUUAUUGUUGCCGUUGUCAUGGUAAAGACAAGGGUGGAAAAGUCUCCGUCACUCCUGUGACAGUUCGUUGUAAUAGACAUUCUAAAUCAAACCCUAUUCCCUACUUCAAACAUGAAAUUACCGGUGAAACAAAGAUUGCUGCUAUUAUAUUUCAAGAUAAUGUUAAUAAAACUAGGAAGAUUAUAACUUUAGAUGGACCGUCAUUUCCAAUCUCUGAUAUAAGAAGUGUCUACGCCUUCUACUGCGUAAGUGAUCCAAAACUGAUAUACCUCCAACCUCCAGGGAACUGGUUCAGGAAGAAAGAUAUUUCUGGUGGUGGUAAUGACAAUGAAGUGUGGACACAAGUUCCAAGUCUCCAAGACAUAACACCAAAUGAGUUAAGUGAGAAUACAGAAUGCAAGAAAUAUAAUGAUCUUGUGAAAGCACUAAGAAGUGCCGGAUGUAAAGACCAUGGACAGUGUGCUGAUACCCAAUCUGGAGGUGGUGGUAGUGGACUAGGCCCUGAAGCUGGUGCUACUCAAUUUCCUACUUCACAUCCUUCUACUACUACUGCUCCUACUGUUGCUGCUCCUGGAGCUCAGACUAAUGAUAGAGGAAGUGAAAGUUCUAUUUGGUCAUUUGAUUCGCUUACCUCUACAGUUGGAGAUUUUUAUGAAAAAGCAGUUAGCCCUUUUACCGAGCUUAAAUCAACUCUUGAUGGUCUACCCAGCAAACUUGCUGUAGAAGUUAUGAGGGCAGCUCCUAGUCUGGCUAAUCUUCUUGCUAUAGCUACUCAUGCUAUAGUUGAAGCACAAAAGGGUGAAAAUGUUCCUACUCCUACUGCUGCUAAAGCUACUAAUCCGUCUUCUACUUCUGGAGAAUCUCAUACUGGUCCCACUGCUGAUUCUCUAUCUAACAGUCCCUGA